AUGAGUGAAAAUAAUAAUAAAAUACCAAGUUUUGGAUUAAAAAGUAAUGUUAAUUCAACAUAUAAUCAUUUAGAAACUGUAGCAAAAUUAUCAAUUGAUGAAAAACUUGUAAAUGAACCACCAAAGUUUGUUGAUAUUAAAACCAUAACACCAUUAAAUGUUGAGAAUAAUGGUAUUGCACAAAAAAGAAUUAUAAGUAAAAGAGAUUUAAGAUCAUUUCAUACUUCAUCAACCUAUUCAGAACUAUUAAACUUCAUUAUACAAUUAUCAUUAGAUAUACAAGGAAAAUCUUUAAAAUCAAAUUUUACCAUUACAAAAAAUAUAAAUUCAAUAAUUGUAUUAUUAAAUCAACUUGAUCAAUAUAUAACAGAUAUACCACCAAAACAAAUUAGAACUAGAUUUGGAAAUGAAUCAUUUGUAGAAUGGUUUAAUAAGGUAGAAAAAGAAACUCCAAAAUUAUUAUUUAAUUUAAUAAAUGAUAAUCCAUUAAAUACACCAAUCACAAACGAAGUACCAAUAAUUUAUAAUGAAAUUUCAACUUAUUUACAAAAUAGUUGGGGUGAUAAACAAAGAAUUGAUUAUGGUAGUGGUCAUGAAUUAAAUUUUAUUUGUUUUUUAUUAUGUUUAGUUAAAAUUAAAUUUAUUAAAAGAGAAGAAUAUGAAUUAUUAGUAUUAAUUAUAUUUAAUAAAUAUUUAAAUAUGAUGAGAAGACUUCAAGAGAGUUAUUGGUUGGAACCAGCUGGGUCACAUGGUGUUUGGGGUUUGGAUGAUUAUCAUUUCUUACCAUUCCUAUUUGGUUCAUCACAAUUGAUUGAACAUAAAUAUAUUAGACCGAAAUCAAUUAGAAAUGAUGAGAUUGUAAAUUCAUCAUUCUCUGAUGAGUAUAUGUAUUUAGGUUGUAUUAGAUUCAUUGGAAAGGUGAAAAGUGGUGGAAGUCUAUUAGAACAUUCGCCAAUGUUGGUUGAUAUUAGUGGUGUUAAAAAUUGGUCAAAAGUUAAUGAAGGUAUGAUCAAAAUGUUUAAAUCUGAAGUACUUGGUAAAUUACCAAUUAUGCAACAUAUGUUUUUUGCUUCAAUCAUUCAAUACAUUGAUAAUCCCGAUAUCAUAGAAACUGAUGAAGAAAUUAAUCAAAGAAAACCAAUUGUAACUCAUUCUUUCUCUUCUUGUGGUUGUAUAAAUAGAGUACCUUCAAUGUUUGCUGUUGCAAAUACUGAUAAAAUUUUAGCUUCAACUUCAACCACCACUAAUAAUAAUAAUAAUAACAUAACUAGUGGUGAUCAUUGUAAUGAUAAUGAACAACAAUGUUCUGAAACUCAUAAUCAUGAUCAUAAUCAUAAUCAUAAUCACAAUCAUAAUCACCCACCACCACCACCACAACAACAAAGAUCUUAUUUCCCUCUAGAUUAA